AUGGAAAUCAUUACGGAGAGGUUCUACUCGAACCUUUUCCGUUCAUCAACUCCUGUGUCAAGCCCGAUCAUCUUCACUGGUGAAGCUCCACCACGGAUUCUCCUUUCGGAAGUACGAGUCGCUAUCAAGAGCAUGAAACCUGGCACAGCCCCCGGACCUGAUUUUAUUUCAGCAGACUUUCUUCGGGCUGGUGGCCCACUUCAUGUAAUCUUAGCAGCGCACAUGACAUCUUACCUUCAGAAAGAAAGGAUCCAAGACCAGUGGAAGACCUUGCGAACCCUUCUUAUCUAUAAGAAAGGUGACCGAGAGGACCUUCGGAACUACCUCUGA